AUGUCACUUGAUAAAACCAUUUCACCCAAAAUAUCGGUUUACCUGCCACACCAUUGCGUGGUUAAAACUACAAGUACGACCACCAAAUGCCGGGUUGUGUUCGACGCUUCGGCAAAGACCACCAGUGGUCUCUCGUUGAUUGACAUGCUUAUGUGCGGACCCGUCAUCCAAGAUUCAUUGAUCAACAUUUUGUUGCGUUUCCGUUUCCCACCAAUCGUUUUGGUUGGAGAUGUAAAACAAAUGUACCGUAUGAUAUGGUCGAACGAGGACGAUUGUGCCCUUCUCAAAAUCUUGUGGAGAUGGAAUAAGGAUGAAAGUGUGAAGGAAUACCGUUUAAAUACGGUGACGUUUGGAACAAAAAGCGCAUCCUAUUUAGCCACAAAAUGCGUUCAGCAGCUUUUGGAGUCAUACCGCCAGCAAUAUCCCGUGGCUGCUGAGAAAGCUGAGAAGAGGAUAUACAUCGAUGACGUUCUUACUGGCGCGUCGUCUGAAGCAGAAGCGAAGAUGUUGCGAGAACAACUCACCGAUAUGUUUGCAGCAGGUGGUUUUCAUCUCCGGAAAUGGGUAUCAAACUGCUCUGACGUCUUGGACGGACUUCCUGAGGCAGAUUUGGAGCUGAAAAUCCCCAUCGAAGAAAACGGAAGGUACGGCUGCCAAUGCAUACCAAGGCCCUUGCAGCCGUGCAGUGAUGAGUUCAACUUUGCGUACUAUCCGAAAGAGAUCUCUCAGCCCACAAAACGCACUAUCCUAUCCCAGAUUGUCGGCCUCUUCGACUCUUUGGGACUUCUCGCACCAAUCAUCGUACGGGCAAAAUUGGUGAUGCAGUGA